AUGUCGAAUCGUAAAAAGGUGGCAUACUUCCACGACCCCGACAUAGGGAGUUACUACUACGGGGCAGGGCACCCGAUGAAGCCACAAAGAAUUCGCAUGACGCACUCACUAAUCGUGUCCUACAAUUUGUAUAAAUACAUGGAAGUGUACAGACCACACAAGAGUGAUGUGAAUGAACUGACCCUUUUCCACGACUACGAGUAUGUAGAUUUUCUGUCUUCCAUUUCAAUGGAAAAUUAUCGUGAGUUCACAUAUCAGCUGAAGAGAUUUAAUGUUGGGGAAGCCACAGACUGUCCUGUGUUCGAUGGCCUUUUUCAAUUUCAACAAUCAUGUGCAGGUGCGUCAAUAGAUGGAGCAGCAAAACUCAAUCACCACUGUGCAGACAUAUGUGUAAAUUGGUCAGGCGGAUUACAUCAUGCAAAAAUGUCGGAAGCAAGUGGCUUCUGUUACAUAAAUGAUAUAGUCCUCGGGAUCCUUGAAUUGUUAAAAUACCAUGCACGGGUCAUGUACAUUGACAUAGAUGUGCACCAUGGGGAUGGGGUAGAAGAAGCUUUUUAUGUUACUCACAGAGUGAUGACUGUCUCGUUUCAUAAGUUCGGUGAUUACUUUCCUGGCACAGGAGAUAUAACAGAUAUUGGAGUUCACCAUGGAAAAUACUACAGUGUGAAUGUACCCCUCAACGAUGGUAUAACGGAUGAUGCCUUUGUUGAUCUGUUCAAAGUGGUAAUCGAUAAGUGUGUGCAAACGUAUAAACCAGGAGCCAUUAUUUUACAAUGCGGGGCAGACAGUCUUACUGGUGACAGAUUAGGAAGAUUUAAUUUAACAAUUAAGGGACAUGCAAGAUGUGUAGAACAUGUGCGGUCAUAUAAUUUGCCUCUUCUCGUUUUAGGUGGAGGAGGAUAUACCAUUAGAAAUGUCUCCCGGUGCUGGGCAUAUGAAACGGGAGUUGUCCUUAACAAGCAUCAUGAAAUGCCAGACCAAAUCAGCUUGAAUGAUUAUUACGAUUAUUAUGCACCUGAUUUUCAGCUACAUCUGCAACCAUCUAGCAUUCCUAAUUACAAUUCUCCUGAACACUUGAAUCGUAUAAAAAUAAAAAUUGCGGAAAAUCUGAGGAACAUAGAACAUGCACCGGGGGUUCAGUUUGCCUACGUGCCUCCAGAUUUCUUCGACUCUGAAAUUGAUGACGAGUGUGAUAAGAACCAGUAUGAGUUGAAGGAUGACAGUGGCGGAGGUCGCGCGGCGGGCACCAGGUCCAAGGAACACUCCACCACACACCACUUGCGCAGGAAAAAUUACGAGGACGAUUUUUUUGACCUCUCAGACAGGGACCAGAACAUCGUCUUGUAG